AUGGCAGCGGAGCCGGCACAGCCGCAGGAGUGGGCGGCGGUGGAGCAACAACCGGAGGUGUCGCGGUCCGUCAUCACCUCGGCGAUCGACCGGCUAAUUGAACAGGGCAAGGAGACGGUGACGAUAGUGGCGGUGGGCAAGGGCAGCGUGGGCAAGAGCGCCACGCUCAACGCGCUGCUGGGGGAGCGCCUCUUCCCCACGUCGGGCUUCCAGGCGUCCGCGCACCCGCGCGAGGCCGUGCGCCAAUACGGCGGCGCCACGUUGCACGUCAUCGACACGCCCGGCCUCGUCGACGCCGGCACCGUCAACCGCGCCGCGCUCGACGCCAUCCUGCAUUCGCUAGUGGGGCGCACGGUGGACGUGCUGCUCUAUGUGGAGCGGCUGGACGCGUACCGAGUGGACACCAUCGACGCGCUCGUCGCGCAGGGCAUCUCCAACGCCUUCGGCCCGCAGAUCUGGAAGCGCGCGGUGGUGGUGUUGACGCGCGCGCAGCUGUCGCCGUCGGACGGGCGCCCCUUCGGCGACUUCGUGGCGGCGCGCAGCGACGCGCUGCUGGGGAUGAUCCGCAAGCAGGGCCGCCUGGGGAGGAACGAUGAGGUGCCAGUGGCGCUAGUGGAGAGCAUGGAGGGGCGCUGUCGAACCAACGACGACGGUGAGAAGAUUCUCCCAGACGGGCGGGCAUGGUUUCCAUGCCUGGUGGAGGCGCUAGUGGCAGUGGCGCUGAGGAGGCAGCCGGUGGUGAGGGUGGAUGAGCGCAUGGCGCGGGGCUUCAACCCCAACCGCGCCGGCAAGCUGCUCAUCCCCUUCCUCCUCGCCCUGCAGGUCCGCCUCCCCCUCCCACUUGGACCCCCCCGCGCCCUCCCCCCCUUUUGGUCUGCCCUCCCCCCCUUUUGGUCUGCCCUCCCCCCCUUUUGGUCUGCCCUCCCCCCCUUCUGGUCUGCCCUCCCCCCCUUUUGGUCUGCCCUCCCCCCCUUUUGGUCUGCCCUCCCCCCCUUUUGGUCUGCCCUCCCCCCCUUUUGGUCUGCCCUCCCCCCCUUUUGGUCUGCCCUCCCCCCCUUUUGGUCUGCCCUCCCCCCCUUUUGGUCUGCCCUCCCCCCCUUUUGGUCUGCCCUCCCCCCCUUUUGCACCAGCUGCUUGUUUACUCUCCAUCCUUUCAACUGCAUGUCUCACCCGCCCUUAUCGUCCAACCUAUUCGCAUACUCACCUGCCCGCGUUUCUCAUCUCAUCCUACCCGCAUUUCCCACCCUAACCACAUCUGGUACGUGCCCUCCUCUCUCACCCCACCCUCAUCCCUCACUCUAUCCCUAUCCCUCACCCUAUCCUCAUCCCUCACCCUACCCUCCUCCCUCACCCCACCCUCAUCCUUCACCUUCCCCUUAUCCCUCACCCUACCCUCAUCCCUCACCCUACCCUCAUCUCCCACCCCACCCUCAUCGCUCACCUGCCCUCAUGUCUGUCACGUGCACGCAGGUGGUGCUGGUGGCGCUGCCGCUGAGGAGGGCCAUGGAGUGGGACAAGUCAGAGGAGAAGCGGCACCGGCCGCGGUGGGAGGAGGAGGCCGAGGACUACCGCCGCUCCACCGCUGCUGCUGUCGCCCGCCGCCGCAUCGCCGCCUUCCAGCAGCAACAGGGCAAGGCCAACCCCAAGUGA